AUAUUUAUUUGUAGUAGAACGCAAUCCCAGUUAAAUCAAUAUUUUCAUGAGCUAAAAAAAAUAGAAAAAAAAAUGGGCAAAGAUUUUUCUAUAAAUAUGAUUAUCAUCGGGAGUAGAAAGCAUCUCUGCAUAAACGAGGCCUUCUUAAAAAAAUACAAAAAUGUUAACGAAUUAAACGAUUGCUGCAAAAACAGUAAAUGCAAAUACAAAGAAAUAUAUAACGAAAAAAUUGGACAAAAAUGGAAAAAAAAAAAUGAGAAGAAAAAGAAAAUAUUUUAUGAUUCUUCUUCAUCUUCUAGUAAUUAUUGUUCAGAAAAUGAAGAUGUUGAGAAUCUUAAUAAUUAUAGUUUAAUAACAAAAUUAAUAAAUAAUAGAAAUGUAGAUAUAGAAGAUAUAAAAGACAUAUGUAAAAAUGAACAUAUUGAAAUAUGUCCUUAUUAUUUAAGUAAAGAAAAUAUAAAAAAUGCUGAUAUAAUAUUAUUACCAUAUAUAUGUAUAUUAAAUGAAAAUAUUAGAAAUAAUUUAAAAAUUAAUAUAAAAAAUAAUAUUGUUAUUUUUGACGAAUCACAAAAUAUUAUUGAGAAUAUUAAUAAUUGUAAUUCUCUAUGUAUAUCAAAUCAUCAUAUAUUUUUUUGUAAAUUAAUAUUAAAUGAAUAUAUUAAAAAAUAUAAACAUGUUUUAAAUAAUAAUAAUAUAAUAAUGAUAAAACAAAUUAUUGUCUAUUGUAAUUUACUUCUAGAAAGCUUUUCAUCAGUUCCACAAAAUUUAAUCAAUAUAAAUAAAUAUACUUUGUUAUCAAAAUUAGAUGCUUUAAAUUUAAAUAAUAUUUCAAAUUUUUUAAAUAAUUCCCAAUUUUGUAGACGAAUUAAAAUAUUUAUAGAAUCUUUGAUAUCUAAAUAUUUUAAAAAUAUCAAAGAAUAUGUUCAUGCUCCUUUUUCUGUUUUCAAAACAAGUGCUAUAUAUAUAUUAAGUGAAUUCACACAGAAACUUAUUAAAUCCAAUCUAUAUGAUUAUGUGUGUAUUAAUCAUAAUGACGAUUAUUCUUCGACAACAGGGACGUGUGAAAAUAAACAUGAGAAUCAAAUAAAUCAUUCCACGCAUAUCAUGAACGACUACAAUUGUAGGGAUGAGAAAAUUAUGUUUUUAAAUAGUUGUGAUAUGAAUAAAAUAAAAAAUAAAAAAAGAAAUAAUACAUCAAAUGAUCCGUCGCUUGUUGAAAAUAAGAAAAAUAAAUUACAAAAAAGUAAUCAUAACACAAAAGAGGAGUUUUUUAUUAUAAAUGAUAAUAAUAAUGAUGAUAAUGAUUAUAAUGAUGAUAAUGAUGAUACAUACAAUAACCUUAAGAUUUUUUUUGAAGAUCUAUUUGUAAAAAAAAGAAAAGAUUUAUUCAAAGAAAUAGAAGUUAUAAGUGUUAGCUCAUGUUGUAAUUUCAAAAGUAUUACAAAAGAUUGUAGUAAUGUUAUAUUAAUAGGUGGUACCUUAUAUCCAAUUGAAGAAUUUUUAUUACUUUUUUUAAAUAAUAAUAAAAAUAAGAUAAAAUUAUUUUCUUCUGAUUAUAUUUUUAAAAAAGAAAAUAUUUUUGCUCGUAUUUUUUCAACAAAUAUUGUUACAUCCGAUUUUAUUGAUAAUACAUAUAAAAACAGAUUAAAGAAUGAUCAUUUAUUAAAUCUAGCUAUAUAUAUAUAUAUGAUAACAUUUAAUGUAUUAUAUGGUAAUAUAAUUUUCUUCCCUUCUUAUAAUUUUCUAAACGAUUUUUAUAACUUCCUAAAUAAAGAAGGAGAAUAUAUUUUUAAUAAAAUAAAAAAAAAAAAAUUUGUUUUCUUUGAAAAAAAAAAUGAUGACGGAGUAGUCAAAAAUUAUAUUAAAAAUAUUCAAACUAUCAAAAAUCUGGAUGUCAAUUUACGAAUUCAAAAUGGAUGUAUUCUUUUUUGUGUUAUGAAUGGAAGAUUAAGUGAAGGAAUCAAUUUUUAUGAUGAUUUAUGUAGAAAUAUUGUAGUUGUAGGAAUACCUUUUUUUAAACACGAUAAUGUUGUUGAUAAAAAUUUAUUAAGACUAAAAUAUUAUAAGCAAUAUACAAAGGAUAUAAUGAAUACUGAUAAAAAUGAAAAUUCCAAAAUAUUAAUA